AUAAAAUAAUAUCGCCUCCCACCAACUGCAGCCAACAACCAUCCACGAUCAAGGAACACAAAUAUCAGUGUGAAGAGUAGUAGUUGGACAAUUUGACCCGCGUUUGAGUUGCAGUGAAACUCUUUCAAGAUUUGUAUCUCUGCCGUGCUGGGUUUGAGCGAUCUCUGGUUUUCUCAAUUGCAAUUCGAAUUUUACUCGAGGAUACAAGAUGGCUGAGCAAUCCCCAAAACUGAACAGAAUAGGUCUUGCUGGCCUAGCUGUAAUGGGCCAAAACCUAGCCCUCAACAUUGCUGAGAAAGGCUUCCCAAUUUCCGUUUACAACCGAACCACCUCCAAAGUCGACGAGACUGUUGAAAGGGCAAAAUUGGAAGGAAACCUUCCUCUCUUUGGCUUCCACGACCCCGAAUCAUUCGUCCAGUCAAUCCAAAAACCCCGUGUGAUAAUCAUGCUCGUAAAGGCAGGAUCCCCCGUGGACCAGACCAUCAAAACUCUCUCCGCCUACUUGGAGAAAGGUGAUUGCAUCAUCGAUGGUGGAAACGAGUGGUACGAAAACACCGAGAGAAGGGAGAAAGCCAUGGCUGAAUUGGGUCUUCUCUACCUCGGCAUGGGAGUUUCUGGCGGUGAAGAGGGUGCUCGAAACGGGCCCUCCAUGAUGCCAGGUGGCUCCCUUGAGGCCUACAAAUACAUCGAAGACAUUGUUCUCAAAGUAGCAGCACAAGUUCCGGAUAGUGGGCCAUGUGUGACCUACAUCGGAAAAGGAGGUUCCGGAAACUUCGUCAAGAUGAUUCACAACGGAAUCGAAUACGGUGACAUGCAGCUAAUAGCCGAGGCGUACGAUGUGCUGAAAUCAGUUGGGAAAUUAUCGAACGAGGAGCUAAAAAACGUCUUCUCAGAAUGGAACAAAGGGGAGCUUCAAAGCUUCUUGAUUGAAAUAACUGCUGAUAUUUUCGGAAUUAAGGAUGACAAGGCGGAUGGGUAUUUAGUUGACAAGGUCUUGGACAAAACUGGGAUGAAGGGUACUGGUAAAUGGACUGUUCAGCAAGCUGCUGAGCUGUCAGUUGCGGCCCCCACCAUCGAAGCAUCUUUAGAUUCAAGAUUCUUGAGUGGUUUGAAGGAUGAACGAACCGAAGCUGCGAAAGUGUUCGGCGAUAUUCUGAGCGAUGAGGUGGUGGUUGACAAGGAACAACUGAUCGACGAUGUGAGGAAAGCUCUGUACGCUUCAAAAAUAUGCAGUUACGCUCAAGGAAUGAAUCUGAUUCGCGCGAAGAGCGAAGAAAAGGGGUGGGGUUUGGAGUUGGGUGAGCUGGCUAGGAUUUGGAAGGGAGGUUGUAUUAUUCGUGCGAUUUUCUUGGAUCGAAUCAAGCAAGCAUACGAUAGAAAUUCUGACCUGGCGAAUCUUUUGGUGGACCCGGAAUUCGCAAAGGAGAUUAUCGAGAGGCAAUCCGCUUGGAGGAGAGUUGUUUGCCUUGCGAUCAACUCGGGUAUUAGUACACCAGGUAUGUCUGCUAGUCUUGCUUAUUUCGAUACGUACAGAAGGGAGAGAUUGCCUGCUAAUUUGGUGCAGGCUCAGAGAGACUAUUUUGGUGCUCAUACUUAUGAAAGGGUUGAUAUUCCUGGAUCUUACCAUACCGAGUGGUUUAAGCUUGCGAAAAAGAAUUGAUUGAUGAUUAGUUUUUUGAGGGUAUUUUCGUAAAAAUAAAUUAUGGGCAUCGAGUGUUGGAUGUCGUUUUUUUUCGGCUUUUGAUUUUCGAGAUCGGAACGAUUGUAGUAGUAUUUGAAGCAAGAAUUGUUAUUAUUUAUUUUUAUUUUUAUUUUUAUUUUGGAAGUGCUGUAAUUUGCAAAGGGCACCUUUGUGCUUUUUGGUGUUGUACUUGUGUUUAUUGAUUGAUGAUAUUGGGAUUUUGAUUUCUGCUUA